UAAUUGAAACCAAUCCUAAGCUCCUUUUAUCUUUAUUCUAAAGGUAGCCUCAAUUAUUGCUGACUUAAGCAUUGGAGUGUCUACCCCGAGUUCCACCUCGGGGCUUUGUAGGUCAAUCCAAAGUGCAGACGCGGACUGAAGAAUGACUUCUGGUUUGGUGCAAUUACAUUUGGCGCCGUCUGUGGGAAUCUGAACUAAAAGCUCUCUUGUUGUUCUCUCAUCAUGGUUAACACUCGAUCAGUCCGACCUGGAAAUCCAUCUCAGCCUCUUGGACAAGCUCAUAACUCAGCUUCCACCGCCAAUCCAGACGUAGUUACGACUCAGCUCACUACCAUGCAGCAGCAGUUCGGAGUUUUUCAGUUAGUGCUAGCUCAGCUCUUAGCUCGGAAUAAUCCUGGUGAUCCCCUCAUCAAUUUACUCAACCCUGCUCCACAACCCCUAGCUCCACAGCAAGACCCUCAACAAGUUCAGCAUGCUCUUGCUCUUAGUGAAUCUCAGGGUCAGUCCCACAUAGCACCAGCUCAACAACCUCUACCUGAUGAUGUUACUCGACGUCUAGGCAGCUUAGAAAAACUGGUAGCUGAACAGCGAGGUGUACCACCUCCACACUAUACUGCUGACUCCAUACCCCAUCCUUUGAACACCAAUAUCACAUUGGAACCCUAUUCCGCUGGCUUUAAAAUACCUCAGCUUGAGACUUAUGAUGGGGCGAAAGAUCCCGAUGAUCACCUAUAUGCUUUCUACUCUUGAAUGCAAGCUCAGAAUGCCUUUGACGGGUUGAUGUGCAAAAUCUUUCCCUCUACUCUCCAAGGUAAUGCUUGAACCUAGUAUUACA